AUGAAGAAGGUGGGUUGGACCAAGAAGAAGCGCAAGUACGGACGGGACCAACCAGACGACCGAGAUGGCGCUGGCAACAAAGCGGAAGAAGACGAUGAAUUGAAGGAUGCGACCACACUAUAUGUGGGCAAUUUGUCAUUCUACACAACAGAGGAGCAAAUCCAUGAGUUAUUCUCAAAGUGCGGUGAGAUCAAGCGCCUCGUCAUGGGCUUGGAUCGGUUCCAAAAGACCCCGUGUGGAUUCUGCUUUGUAGAAUACUACACCCAUCAGGAUGCGCUUGAUUGCAUGAAGUAUAUUGGCGGAACGAAGCUUGACGAGCGUGUCAUCAGAACGGAUCUCGAUGUCGGAUUCCAAGAAGGAAGACAAUACGGCCGCGGAAAAUCUGGCGGACAGGUACGAGACGAGUACCGAGAUGAAUUCGACCCUGGACGAGGAGGCUAUGGUCGGGCAAUUGCUGCGGAGCGACUCAAGGAGGAAGAAGAAUACGGAGCUGGACGAUGA